CAACAGACAAGAAGGGAAGAAGACACUACUGAGCAGAGCAAAACUGAUCUGAUUUGUCCACAAGUCACACAUUUACUCAAGCAUCUGUGCUUGUCACUUUGUGUGCUGUUAUUUGUGCCACAGCAUGGCGGUCGUCAUCCGUUUACAGGGACUGAGAAUAACAGCAGGUUCUCAGGAUAUUCGUAACUUCUUCACUGGCCUCAAAAUUCCAGAUGGAGGGGUACAUAUAAUUGGUGGGGACCGAGAUGAAGCUUUCAUUAUUUUUGCUUCAGAUGAAGAUGCGAGAAGAGCCAUGACACGGUCAGGGGGUAGCAUUAAAGGUUCACCCAUUACGUUGCUAUUAAGUAGUAAAGCAGAGAUGCAGAAUAUGCUUGAAAAAAGUACAAGAAAUGUAGAGCGGGAGAAAAGGAAGCUGCUUGAAGAGGAUGCAAGACGUCCUAAAAGAUCUGUGGACCGUGAGCCAGGCAGGAGUUCAGGUAGCAGAUCCCGUCAUACCUCUCCACCCCGGCACCAGAGGGCUUCAAACUCUGAUUUUUUGCGCGUGUUCCUAAAAGGAAUGCCCUUCACUAUUACUGAAAAGGACGUGCUUAACUUCUUCAGUGGUUUACUUGUUGAUGAAAUAAUCUUAUUGAAAAAUCAAAAGGGACAAAACAAUGGAAAAGGUUUUGUCAAAUUUGCAACCAGAGAGGAUGCAAGCGAAGGCCUGAGGAGGGACAGAAAAUACAUGGGGUCAAGGUAUGUGGAGGUGUACACAACAACAGAAGAUGAUUGGCAUCGGGCUGUUGGUUCCAGCAUGACUGGCAAGGUUGAAAGACAAAGAUCCCCUGUUCGCAAUCAGAGGAAUCCACAAUACCGUGCAAGGUCACGAUCACCAUUGGCCCAGAGGCCCACUGCUUCCUCCAACGAGGAAUACUGUGUUUUUUUGGAAAACCUGUCCUAUGCAGCGGAAAAAGACGACAUAAAGAAGCUUUUUUGCAACGCAAGGCUUGAGGAUGAUCAGAUCCUGUACAUGAUUAGCAAUGAUGGGAGGAGAACUAGAUCUGCGUUUGUACUGUUCAAGAGUCUGCGAGACUAUUCUGAAGCCACAGCUUGCGACAAAAUUAUGUUUUUCAACCGAUGGGUUUUUAUCCGUCCAAUCUCAAGAGAGAACAUGAUCACCCUGCUGGAGUCUCAAAACAUGGAUGCCCAACCUCCAGAAAACUCUGGUAAUCCUUAUGACUCUGAGGAAAUGUGUCUGUUUGUGCGGAAUCUGCCAUUUGAUGUGCGGAAAGUUGAGAUCAUGGACUUCUUCCAUGGGUUCAACGUCACAGAGGACAGGGUGUUUUUGCUGCAUGACGAUACAGGUGCUGGGGUUGGGAAGGCUUUGGUUCUCUUCCAGUCUGAGGCAGAGGCAACAAGAGCACUUUCUCACAAUGGACUACGAUUUCUUGGGUCAGUAGUUGCACUGAAAUGCAUUUCACUUUCUCAGAUGAGGGAGUUGGGUGUGGAGCCACCAGUGGUGCAAGAGCCAAUGCUGAGAGAGGACCAGUACUCAGGCAGGAGCAACGAGGUAUCCGAUCGCCCUGGUUUCGUAGAGCACCCUGACUCACGUGUCCGUCAUAAUAGCAAAGUACCAAUGACUAAUACACCAUCCCACAUCCAUGGAGGCUAUGAUUAUGAGCCCUAUGCAGAAGGGUGUUUUGCUCCACAGGAUGGCAGUAAUGGCAUUCAUGGUGGCUUUGGCCCGUCAGUGCAGAAUUUUGAUGGUCCCACCUGUAUAAAGCUUGUCAACUUGCCAUUCCAAAUCAAAAGUGAAGAAAUCUAUGACUUUUGCUAUGGAUAUCGCAUCAUCCCUGGAUCUGUGUCACUGCAGUAUGACAACAGUGGAGCAUCUUCUGCAACUGUAGUAUUUGAGUCUCGUCCAGAGGCCUUGACAGCAAUUGAGGAACUGAGUGGAAGACCAAUAGGUGCCAGAAAAAUACAGCUAUUAUUUGUGUGACAUUGAUUUUCGUGGCAGCUUACAUGCCUGAGCAGUUUGGUUUGGACUGGACAUACACACAAUGUUGGCUGAAACAAAGCUAUUCUAAGGGAAGCGUUUCCAAUCCGUGUAUCAUUCGUUCUUUCCAUUUUUAAUUGGCAAUCAAAAAUCAAAUAAUGAAAAAUUGACUGGUUAUUUUGUUUUUUUUUAUUAUAAAAAAUGCCUGGUUUUUCAUAUUUCAAUUUUAGGCUCAGAUCAAAAAUACGAAAUGGAAAAACAGGCAACAUUUAAUAAUAUUUAAUUGGUCAUCCGUCACUUCUGAAUCUGAAUCUAAAAUUGAAAUAUGAAAAACCAGGAUUUUUUUUUUUUUCGUUUGGUGUUAUAAUAAAAAGCAAAAAACAAAAUAAUUUGUCACGUUUUCCUUUUUUGAUUUUUGAUUUCUAAUCGAUAAUAGAAAGAACGAAUGAUACACGGAUUGUUUCUUUGCAUUGCCUUUUUGUUAAUAAUGUGGUAUGGCUGUGAACAGUAAAUUAACUUUAUGGUGUUUUUUUCCCCAACCACAUUUUGUUUUAUUGUGAUAUAUAUUUUUGUUGAAUACAGUUAAAUCACUGAAUAUGGGUUUGUUUGCAAUGCUCAUCUUAAGAGUGAAAUGCUUGAUUUUUAGUUUCCUGUUUAAGUAUGGUUGUUCAAUUUACAACAUUCUGUAGAGAAAUGUAUGGGAAAUUCAAUGUAUUUGUGGUUAUUGUAAAAAGUGCAGUUUUUUUAUAUAAA